AUCAAACAUAUGUCCUGACGAAUAAGCUCCAGAAAGGCGAGUGCACGACGGGGCAUGUCGCGCCAAACCCGGGCCGGGCCAUAAUAUCGCCGCGGUGGCCUCAUACACCAGCAGCAUAGUAACUGCAGCUUAGCGCCGCAGCCGACAUGGCGCCGAGGCAAGCUGCUGAAGCGGGCAGUGCCCUUCCCGCAGCACGCACUGCUGCCGCUGCUGCCUCAACCACCCACGCAGCCGAUUCGGAGCCGUCCCGCAUCGAGCUGCUAGAGUAUCAUCGCGGCCACGUCGCCGGAAGCGUGGUGCUGCUCGGCGACGGCGACAGCCCGACCGGAGCACGGCAGGAGCGCAGCGGCGCGGGCGCCGGCGCCAGUGCGGCGGCCGGGGCGCGAGGCGCUCAACGGGGCUGGGGGGUGCUGUCGGUGUUGCGGGCCGCGUUCCUGCCGGAGGGAUUCCCCGAGUCCGUGUCACCCGACUACCUGAGCUUCCAGGCCUGGGACACGGCGCAAGCCCUCAGCUCGUACGUGCGCGGCAUGCUGACCAGCGCCGCCAUACUGCGGGGCGUGGGCGUGGGGCAGCAGGCCUCCAGUCCGCUGGCCGCCGUGUUCACGUUCUUUUUGCGCGACAUGGCCGGCAUGGCGGGGGGCAUCCUGUUCGCAUACGCCGAGGGCUCCAGCUUUGACGCGUGCGCCAAGCAGUGGCGGCUGUUCGCCGACAUCGCCAACGACCUUGGCAUGACAGUGGAGCUGGCCUCGCCGCUGCUGCCCCGCGCCCUGUUCCUGCCCUGCGCCUGCUUCGGCAGCAUCGCGCGCAGCGUCACGGGUGUUGCUGGCGGCGCCACACGGGCGGCGCUAACGCAGCACUUUGCCCGGCGCGGCAACGCGGCGGACGUGUCCGCCAAGGAGCAGUCGCAGGAGACCGCCACCACCAUCAUCGGCAUGGUUCUGGGUAUGGCCGUGACCCGCCUCCUGGCAACCGACCCACACGCCCACGACCCAGCCGGACCCGGCGGCAGUAGCACCCGCGACAGCGGCAGUAGCAGCGGCAGUAGCCGCGGCGGCGCGGUGUGGGCUGUGCUGGCGGCGUGGCUGGUGUUCGGUGUGCUGACGGCGCUGCACGUGUGGGCCAACGUGCGGGCCAUGCGGAGCCUGGUGCUGCGGUCGCUCAACCAGCCGCGACUGGAGCUGCUGGUCACACGGUACCUGCGAGGCCAGGACGGCGGCGGCGUGUUGAGCCCGCUGCAGGUGGCGGCUCGGGAGGACCUCACGCCGCCGCCCUUCCGACGGCUGUGGGACUGGGCGUCAGGCGCGGCCCGCCGGCAGACAGUGCAGCUGCACUUUGGCUGCCGAUUGGCCGCCGCCGCGGCUGCCGCCUCCAGCCCCAGCGGCAUCAGCCCCAGCGGCACCAGCCCCAGCGGCACCAGCGGCAGCGGCAGCGGCAGCCGCAGCGGCAGCGGCACCAGCGGCGCUGGAGGGCGGGGUGACGCAGGGGAGCAGCGGCUGCGCCGGGCGCUGGUGCGCGCCAGCCGCCGCCCCUACCUGCUGCUGCUCGCGUCCUCCGGUGGCGGCGGCUCCCCUGGUGGCGGCGGUGGCGGCAGGAUGCACGUCCACGUGGUGUUGCACCGGCGGGCAACGGCGGCCGCGGCAGCAGCAGCAGCCGACACUGUUACAGCCGCCACGGCCGGGGGCGCUGAUGCCGGGUCCAGGGAUGGGCUGCUGCGGGCGUUUGUGCACGCGCAUUGCCUGGCACACCAGCUGUCACUGCGGCAGCAGAAGCAGCUGGAGCAGCAGAAGCAGCAGAUGGUGGUGGCGGGAUCGGCGGCUGCAGCGGCCGAGGCGACGGCGGACGAGUGGAUGGCGGCGCGGUACGGCGGCUUCUUGGCAGCGCUGGUGGCGGCGGGGUGGCACACGGAUCGCAUCACCUUGCCGCGGCCAGCGUGGACGGCGGAAUGGGGGGAGGCGGCGGAGCCAGAGGCGGCGGUCGGGGAGGCGGCGGCGGGGGCAGAUGGAGGCCGAUUGAAGGGGCCGCACGAGGACUAGGUGUUCACUUGCUGGGGCUGUAUGGGGGUAGAGCCGAGGAGGUGCGCGGUGCGGUCAUACAGUGCGGUGCGGUGGACGUGGAGGUUUUGUAAGACCGCUUUCCU